AUGACAUUCGAAGACCGCACGAAAGUCUACCUGAAGAAGCACUGCGGAUCGUCUUACGGAGAUAUGUUCACGAGUCACGAAGGGGCGCCACUCGUAGCACCAAGUUUUCACGCACAGCAAGGCCGAGUGCGAGCGAUGUUGGGCUGCGGCAUGUGCUACCAGAGUCUACCAGUCUUGGCGUGUUUCGUUGAGCAGAGUUGGCAACUAGGAGCAUCGGCAGCAAAGAGCAACGAGCUGAGCUAUGCGCUGUGCAGUGUCGAUGGAGACAUCAUUCAAGCUCUGACUGCCAUUCAGAAGACUCUUCUCACGCCGUCAGGUUCGCGGAGAUUGGAUGAUGUUGAACUUGAAGUAGUCUCCGCUCUCUUUCAGGCACUACUAGACGGGAAACAGCAAUUUCCAUCAGAUAACUAUCCUUAUGCUCGUAGCCUGAGUGCACUACAAGCGUCAGGAUUGGUAUCAGGCGUUGAAGACACUACAAUCGAUCAACGCCAGGGCCCACCGCUCAUCAAAGUUCCUUCAUUGAACGAGCAUGUUGAGACGUUCAAGCUAGGCGAGAAACGGGUGCCACGCCUCUUUUCUGGUCUUUGGCAACUCUCCAGUCCAUCCUGGGGCACAGCUUCGAGCGCUCAAAUACAAUCUCAGUUUUCGCAAUAUGCUUCAUAUGGAUUCACCGCCUACGACAUGGCGGACCACUACGGCGACGCCGAAAUAAUCUUCGGCAAGUUCAGAGCUGGCUGCUCGAACCCGGAGCUGCUUUUCGGCGCAACUAAGUAUUGUGUCUUUACAUCCACGAGCAUCACUCGGGAAGUGGUCGAAGCGAAUGUGACGGAGCGCUGUCGGAGGAUGCUCGCCACUUAUGUCGACCUUCUGCAGUUCCACUGGCAAGAUUACGGCGAUGCACAGUACAUGACAGCCCUGAAUUACCUACAAAACGAUCCUCGCGUACGCGCACUGGGACUGUGCAACUUCGAUACCCACCACAUGCGCAAGAUUUUGGACUCAGGAAUCAACAUCUCGACCAACCAAGUCCAAUUCUCGUUAAUCGACUCGCGGCCACUGAUGCACAUGGCGGAGGUGUGCAAAAAACACAAUGUGAAGCUCCUAACAUACGGCACGCUCUUGGGCGGCUUCCUCGCGGAAAAGUGGCUGGGCAAAGCCGAACCUGCAUCACUCUUUGCGGAAUCCAUCACCCCGAGUCAGAGGAAGUACUACGAGAUGAUAUUGAACUGGGGCUCGUGGGUACUGUUUCAGGAGCUGUUGGAGGUCUUGAACAGGAUCGCUAGAAGGUAUGGAGUGAGCGUGAGCAAUGUCGCGACACGAUGGGUCUUGGAUUUCGAAAUCGUGGGCGCGGUCAUCGUCGGUACCAGGUGGGGUGUCAGUGACAAUGCAGGGGAUAAUCUGAAGGUCUAUGGGCUGAAUUUGGAUGAUACGGAUAGGGACGGGAUCGAAAGUGUUCUGAGAAGGAGCAGGAGAGACGAGAUGGUUGAAGUUUUGGGAGAUUGUGGAGGGGAGUAUCGCUAG